AUGGCCACCGAUCCGGCUGUCUUGCUCGGUCGAUUCGAUUGGUUCAGCAGUGUCUACAAUAUGGAUAUUUCCGUACAAGUCCUCGGCUACUGGUGGUGGUGGUUGUUCAUUGUCCCCAGUUUGCGGUCGCGUCGGCCCCGGGGACCGGAAAAACGGGCCCUCGACGUGGCCUUCCUCGCCACACCAGCCGUGUCACUCCUCGCUCCCGUUGCGACCAAGGAUACCGCCGCCAUUUGGACCGCCAAUCUCGUUGUCGUCCUGGCCGCGUACGCCUGGGCCUACGCCACGACGCAAGACGACAACGACGACAGCAACAAUAGUGACGACGAUGCCAACCAACCCGCGUGGCUCAAAUUUCUCUACAAAAGUUUGGACUUUGGAUCCGGACGGGAACGCGGUGCUCGACAGUAA